AUGAUCCGAAUCAUCUUAAUCUCCGCUAUUCUCACCAUUUCCCCCACAUUUUCCUUCAAUUUCGACCGUUUCCCCAUGACCAACCUGGAGAUUGGGCGAAAUAUCGACAAAUAUUCGUUGUAUCUCCGACCAAACGCCGUUUAUCUGCGAACCGGCAAUCUUGGUCUCACCGGCGAUGAUGUUCGAAUCCCCUCGUCAGCGAAGAUCAACGAACCGUACAGUGGUCCGGCCGUGAUUUACAUCAAAUUCGAGCGGAGGUUGGGGAAAACGGCGGUCUGGCGGUUCGUUCACACCGUUCAGAGGGAAUUGGUGGACGGAAAUAUCAUCCGAAAUGGAGAAUAUGUGCGAUUGUUGCCGGCGGAAGUGCGAACGCAACUUUUGGUGGAGCAUUUGAAUCAUGAAAAGGAGGAAAGUGCGGAGGAAAAUGAUGGUGAUGAUGAAUAA